UUUCAAAGCCGCCAAACUUAUUUCAUCUGGCAGCAGAAUCCAGGGGGGCAGGAGGAGGGUCCCGCGUCCCCCCAGGGAAGGAGGAGUUCAGCCCCAAAUCACAUUCACUGUCUACAAGUCAUUCUCUCCUGACAAGGAGAUCAACACCCGGCUGCUAUAUACAGAGGAUAAGAACAUUGACUUUUAUUUGGGAUCUUUCUUCUUUUUUUGUUGUUGUUUUUGUUUUAUUUUAGAUCCAACGACUUCUAAUCUGUCAGUUCCACAGGACGUGGGAGGAAGAUGGGGAGAGGGGAGGGCCGGGAGUAUUCUCCAGCUGCUACCAACGCAGACAAUGGAGGAGGGAAGAAGAAGCAGAAGGAGAAGGAAAUGGAUGAGCUCAAGAAGGAGGUCACCAUGGACGACCAUAAACUUUCUCUUGAAGAGGUGGCACGAAAAUAUAACACAGACCUGACCCAGGGUCAUACAAACACACGUGCUGCGGAAAUCCUGGCAGAAGAGGGUCCCAAUGCCCUCACACCUCCCCCCACUACUCCAGAGUGGGUAAAGUUCUGCCGACAGUUGUUUGGUGGAUUCUCCAUCUUGCUGUGGAUAGGAGCUAUUCUCUGCUUCCUGGCCUAUGGAAUUCAAGUCGCUAUGGAGGACGAACCCAUGAAUGACAAUCUUUAUUUGGGGGUGGUCUUAGCCGCUGUCGUCAUCGUCACUGGAUGCUUUUCCUACUAUCAAGAAGCAAAAAGUUCCAAAAUAAUGGACUCCUUCAAGAACAUGGUGCCCCAGCAAGCUCUUGUAAUUCGUGAAGGGGAGAAGCUGCAGAUAAAUGCAGAGGCCGUGGUCGUUGGGGACCUGGUGGAGGUUAAAGGAGGGGACCGAGUUCCUGCGGACAUCAGGAUCAUCUCAUCCCACGGAUGCAAGGUGGACAACUCCUCAUUGACUGGAGAAUCAGAGCCACAGACUCGCUCUCCAGAAUUUACCCAUGAAAACCCUCUGGAGACCAGAAAUAUCUCCUUCUUCUCAACCAACUGUGUGGAAGGGACAGCACGGGGUAUCGUCAUAGCUACCGGAGACCGCACAGUGAUGGGCCGUAUUGCCACCCUGGCUUCUGGCUUAGAAAUGGGCCAAACUCCUAUCGCCAUGGAGAUAGAGCACUUCAUUCGUAUUAUCACUGGAGUAGCCGUCUUCCUAGGCAUCUCGUUUUUCGUCCUUUCCCUUAUUCUUGGUUAUUCUUGGCUUGAAGCGGUCAUAUUUCUUAUUGGUAUCAUAGUGGCCAACGUUCCUGAGGGUCUUCUGGCCACAGUCACGGUGUGCUUAACCUUGACGGCCAAGAGGAUGGCUCGUAAGAAUUGCCUUGUAAAGAACCUUGAAGCUGUGGAGACCUUAGGGUCCACAUCAACAAUCUGCUCCGAUAAGACGGGAACCUUGACACAGAACCGAAUGACUGUGGCUCAUAUGUGGUUUGACAACCAAAUUCAUGAGGCUGACACCACUGAGGACCAGUCAGGGGCGACAUUUGAUAAGCGUUCCCCCACCUGGACUGCUCUGUCUCGAAUCGCUGGACUUUGUAACCGAGCUGUGUUUAAAGUGGGCCAGGACAAGAUUCCCAUCUCCAAGCGGGACACCGCGGGGGAUGCCUCAGAGUCCGCUCUCCUUAAGUGCAUCGAGCUUUCCUGUGGCCCAGUAAGGAAGAUGAGGGACAGGAACCCUAAAGUGGCCGAGAUCCCAUUUAAUUCUACAAAUAAGUAUCAGCUGUCUGUUCAUGAGCGUGAGGACAGUCCUGAUAGCCACCUGCUGGUCAUGAAGGGGGCCCCCGAAAGAAUCCUAGAUCGGUGCUCCACUAUUAUGAUGCAUGGACAGGAACAACUUCUGGAUGAAGAGAUGAAAGAAGCCUUCCAAAAUGCAUACUUUGAGCUGGGAGGACUAGGCGAGAGGGUUUUGGGAUUCUGCCAGACCCAUAUGCCCGCUGAGACGUACCCGCGCGGAUUCAAGUUUGACACAGAGGAAAUAAACUUCCCCAUCAUCAACCUGUGCUUUGUGGGACUCAUAUCUAUGAUCGACCCUCCCAGGGCGGCUGUACCUGACGCUGUUGGGAAGUGCCGCAGUGCCGGCAUCAAGGUUAUCAUGGUAACCGGUGACCAUCCUAUCACUGCCAAAGCAAUUGCCAAAGGUGUCGGUAUAAUCUCUGAGGGCAAUGAGACAGUGGAAGACAUUGCCGCUCGGCUGAACAUCCCAGUAAGCCAUGUCAAUCCCAGGGAAGCCAAAGCUUGUGUAAUCCACGGCUCCGAUCUGAAGGACAUGACCGCCGAACAAUUGGAUGACCUCCUAAAGAACCACACUGAGAUCGUCUUUGCUCGGACGUCACCGCAGCAGAAGCUGAUUAUCGUGGAGGGUUGUCAGAGACAGGGCGCUAUAGUGGCUGUGACAGGGGAUGGUGUCAAUGACUCUCCAGCCCUGAAGAAGGCGGAUAUCGGGGUGGCCAUGGGCAUAGCAGGGUCUGAUGUCUCCAAACAAGCUGCAGAUAUGAUCCUCCUGGAUGAUAACUUUGCCUCCAUUGUGACCGGAGUGGAGGAAGGCCGCCUAAUUUUCGACAACUUGAAAAAAUCCAUCGCUUACACGCUGACCAGUAACAUCCCGGAGAUCACGCCAUUUUUAUUCUUCAUCAUCGCCAAUAUCCCUCUUCCUCUGGGCACAGUCACCAUUUUGUGUAUCGAUCUGGGCACCGACAUGGUUCCUGCCAUCUCACUGGCCUAUGAAGCUGCAGAAAGUGACAUCAUGAAGAGACAACCCAGGAACCCGCGGACGGACAAACUGGUGAACGAGCGUUUAAUCAGCAUGGCGUACGGGCAAAUUGGUAUGAUCCAGGCCCUUGGUGGGUUCUUCACCUACUUCGUAAUCCUGGCAGAGAACGGUUUCCUGCCCUCGCGGUUGGUGGGCAUCCGUCUGGACUGGGACGACCGCUCCAAUAAUGCUGUAGAAGACAGUUAUGGGCAGGAGUGGACCUAUGAGCAGCGGAAAGUUGUGGAGUUCACCUGUCACACGGCGUUCUUCGCCAGCAUCGUGGUUGUCCAAUGGGCCGAUCUGAUCAUCUGUAAGACUAGGAGGAACUCCGUCUUCCAGCAAGGAAUGAAGAACAAGAUUCUGAUAUUCGGCCUCCUGGAGGAGACCGCCCUGGCUGCGUUCCUGUCCUAUUGCCCUGGAAUGGAUGUUGCCCUUCGAAUGUAUCCACUAAAGGUGACAUGGUGGUUCUGUGCCUUCCCGUACAGUCUGCUCAUCUUUUUGUAUGAUGAAGUCCGCAAAUUGAUCUUACGUCGUGACCCUGGAGGAUGGGUGGAGAAGGAGUCUUACUAUUAAAUCGUGAGGAAUGGACGCCAUGUUGGGAAGACUAUGUACGCUGUAGAGAUAAUAAGACAACGAUAUGAACCUAUAAGGGGAGGUUAUGUUAAUACAAUGUAGACGCUUGAGUGUUAUGGGGCACUAUCCCAGCCAUGGAAAUUAAUGGGACUCUUCUGAUGUAUGUCUAGUAAAGACCGGCAAAAGGCUAUGGCAGCAGCCGCACUACUAACCUCUGCGCCACUAACCAGCAUGCCCACAGCGAGCUCACGUGCCCUCUGACCGCUCCCACCUAUAUGACCUGUACAGUGACCCUUUUAUUCUUUCUGUUCGCCCAUGGUGUAUCAGACACAUGUAUUUCUCCUAUACUUUAUAUAACAUAUAAAUUCAUAAAAUUCGG